UGUAUUUGAUUGUAGCAACUACUCAGCCUGGGUUAGGGCCGGUUGCUGCUCAGCUGGCCCGUUCUCGCUGCGUCGGCCUCCUCGCCUUCUUCUCUCCUCGCAUCCCCCAUCACCACCUCGCCUCCUCCGCAAUGUCCUACAAGAAGAACGAGGACCUCGACUCCGGCCCCGGCGGCUCCGUCAUGGACAAGAUGACCGUCUUCCAGGACUGCAUCGCCGGCUUCAACUCCUCGCCCAUCCAGCCGCGCAGGUGCCGCGUCCUCCUCACAAAGCUCACCUACCUGCUCUCCACCGGCGACACCUUCGCCCGCGACGAGUCCACCACCCUCUUCUUCUCCAUCACCAAGCUCUUCCAGCACAAGGACAUCGCCCUAAGGCAGAUGGUCUACCUCGUCAUCAAGGAGCUCGCAAAGAACGCGGACGACGUCAUCAUGGUCACCUCCUCGAUCAUGAAGGACACCACCGUCAGCUCCGACGUCGUCUACCGCCCCAAUGCCAUCCGCACUCUCGCCAGAAUCAUCGACGCCUCCACGAUCCAGGCUAUCGAGCGCCUGAUGAAGACCGCCGUCGUCGACAAGCAUCCAAUCGUCUCCACCGCCGCGCUCGUCAGCUCCUACCACCUCCUGCCCGUCUCGCGCGAUGUCGUCCGCCGCUGGACAAACGAGACCCAGGAGACCGUGCUCGCGCAAAAGAUGUUCCCCCAGUACGGCGGCGCCAGCGGCAUGUCGGGCCCCGCGCCCUCCUACAUGACGCAGUACCACGCCCUCGGCCUGCUCUACCAGCUGCGCUCGCACGACCGCAUGGCGCUCGUCAAGAUGAUCCAGCAGUUCUCCGGCGCAGGCGGCUCGCUGCGGUCGCCCGCCGCCGUCGUCAUGCUCAUCCGGUUCGUGGCGCGCGUGAUCGACGAGGACCGCAACAUGCGCCGUCCGAUGAACAGCCUGCUCGUGGGCUGGCUCAAGCACAAGUCCGACAUGGUCAACUUCGAGGCCGCGAAGACGAUCCUCGAGAUGAAGGACGUCACCGACGAAGAGGCCACGCCCGCCAUCGCCGUCCUGCAGCUGUUUUUGUCGUCGCCGCGCUUCGUCUCGCGCUUCGCCGCCAUCCGCAUCCUCAACCGGUUCGCCAUGGUGCGGCCGCAGAACGUGAACGUGUGCAACAUCGACAUUGAGUCGCUCAUCAACGACUCGAACCGCUCGAUCGCGACCUACGCCAUCACGACGUUGCUCAAGACCGGCAACGAGGCCAGCGUCGACCGUCUGAUGAAGCAGAUUACCGGAUUCAUGAACGACAUCUCGGACGAGUUCAAGAUCAUUGUUGUGGAUGCCAUCCGCAGUCUCUGCCUCAAGUUCCCUGCCAAGCAGGCGUCCAUGCUCUCGUUCCUCUCUGGCGUGCUGCGCGACGAAGGCGGCUACGAGUUCAAGCGCGCAGUCAUCGAGGCCAUGUUUGACCUCAUCAAGUUUGUGCCCGAGUCCAAGGAGGACGCGCUGUCGUACCUCUGCGAGUUUAUCGAGGACUGCGAGUUCACCAAGCUUGCCGUGCGCGUGCUGCACUUGCUGGGCGAAGAAGGCCCCGGCACGAAGCACCCGACAAAGUACAUCCGCUACAUCUACAACCGGGUCGUGCUCGAGAACUCGAUCGUGCGCGCCGCCGCCGUCACGGCACUGUCAAAAUUCUCGCUCAUCGAGGACGAGUCCGUGCAGGCGUCGGUCAAGGUCCUGCUCACGCGCUGCCUCGACGAUCCCGACGACGAAGUGCGCGACCGCGCCGCGAUGGCGCUGCGGCUGGCGACGGUGCCGACGCCGGUGGCGAAGAGCUACCUUGCGCCGGACUCGGUGCCGUCGCUGGGCGCGCUCGAGCAGCAGCUGAUUAUGUACGUGACUGGCGGGCCCGACGCGGCGAGUGUCGCGUUCGACAUUUCGACCGUGCCAUUCCUGACCAGGGACCAGGUCGACGCGGACAACUUCCGCGCGAAGGUGUCGUCGACGAUGCCGGUGAUUGGCUCGUCGAUGGACGGCAGCGGCGCGGGAUCGGGCGCCGGAGCGGGCGCGGGCGGCAAGGGCUCGCCGUCUGCGGGCGGAGCUGCGUCGUCGUCGUCUGGAGCGGGUGCGCACGAGGACAAGACGCAGAUGUACGCGGCCGCGCUGGCGAAGAUUCCGGAGCUGCAGGAGUUUGGCGCGGUUAUGCGCAGCUCGAACGUUGCGGCGCUGACCGAGUCGGAGACGGAGUACGAGGUGCGGUGCGUGAAGCACUUGUACAAGGCGCACCUUGUGCUGCAGUUUGAUAUCGAAAACACGCUGAAGGACACGGUGCUGGAGGAUGUGUCUGUGAUUGCGACGCCGUCGGAGGAUACGUUUGAGGAGCAGUUUAUUGUGACGCUGCCGAAGCUCGAGCCCGAGAGCCAGGGCACGGUGUACGUUGCCUUCACGCGGCCGGAGGGCGAGUACGAGACGGUGUCGUUCUCAAGCACGUUGCACUUUAUCAGCAAGGAGCUUGACCCGUCGACGGGCGUGCCGGACGACACCGGGUACGAGGACGAGUACCAGGUCGAGGACGUCGAGCUCGGGGUGGGCGAUUUCCUGGUGCCGACGUAUAUCGGCAACUUCCAGCACAUGUGGGAUACGCUUCCGUAUGAGGCCUCUGAGACAUAUGGCUUGGAAGGCGUGAACGGUCUGACGGAGGCGUGCGAGAGCGUGAUCUCGAGUCUGUCGCUGCAGCCGUUGGAAGGCAGCGAGCUGCCGCUGCAGGCGGCCACGCACGUGCUCAAGCUGUUUGGGCGGACGGUGCAGGGCGGGAAGGUGAGCGCGCUUGUGCGGAUGGCGUAUAGUGCGAAGAACGGCGUGACGCUCAAGAUCACGGCGAAGAGUGAGGAGGAGGUUGUUGCGCCGAUGGUUGCGGCGGCGAUUGCCUAGUGAUAGAUGAUGUUUAUUUCAGUUAUUUAAAAAAGAAUUUAGUAAUGAGUAUAGUAGUGUGUGUAAAUUGAUGAUGCGAUUGUUUUAUUAUUGUGAUU